GAACAGGAGGUGUCCUCCAUCUCUCAGACUUGAGGAUUGUGCUGCUGGGGAACAGAGAAGCUGCAAAGAGUUCAGCAGGAAACACCAUCCUGGGCAGAGAGGAGUUUGACCCUGAUGUGAGAACACUGCAGUGUGUGAAGAGACAGGGAGAGGUAGCAGGGAGACGGGUCACUGUGGUGGACACGCCAGGAUGGAAGGACUAUGAUCCUCGGCUUUGUAAGGACUCUCCUAACCUCCUUAAACAGGAGAUAGUUCUCAGCGUGACUCUGUGUCCUCCAGGACCUCAUGCGUUUCUGCUGGUCGUCCAAGAGAACAUGACCUUCACGGAGGCAGAGAGAAAUGCCACAUCAAACCACCUGAGUCUUCUGGGCCAUGGAGCCUGGAAACACUCUCUAGUUCUGUUCAUUCAGGAGAGACCUUCAGAAGAGAAAGCCUUUGAGGUUAAAGGGAAAAUGCUCCAGUGGCUUGUAGAGAAAUGUGGGAACAGAUAUCAUGUCCUCAACAUUAUGAACAAGGAUGACACGCAAGUCACUGAGCUACUGGAGGAGAUAGAAAAGAUGGUAGCAGGAAACAGUGGAUUAUACCAUGAAAUACACAGAGAGAGAUUACAGGAGGUGGAAGAGAAGAGGACAGGAGAAGAGAGGAGAGCAGAAGAGAGAAGGAAGGAGGUGCAGAGACAAAGACUGUCUUUCAGCUCAACAAAGGGUGACACAUUACUUUCAGAACUCAGGAUUGUGCUGCUGGGAGUUAAAGGCGCUGGUAAGAGUUCAUCAGGAAACACCAUCCUGGGCAGAGAGGCGUUUCAAACUGGACAGAGAUCUGCUGUGUGUUUGAAGAGACAGGGAGAAGUAGCAGGGAGACAAGUCACUGUGGUGGAGGCUCCAGGAUGGUGGGCAUGUCUAUCUCCCGAGGAUCAACCCAAAAUGAUCAAAAGAGAGAUUGUGGUCAGUCAGGGUUUGUGUGAUCAGGGUCCACAUAGUUUUUGUUUGGUCAUACGAGCGGAUGCUAGUUUCACAGAGCAACACAAGACAUCAGUUCAACAACACUUAUCUCUCCUCAGUGAGAGAGUGGGGAGUCACACCAUGGUUCUGUUCACCUGUGGAGACCUGCUGGGAGACACAACCAUUGAGCAGUACAUUGAGAGUGAGGGAGAGCAUUUGAAAUGGCUGAUUGAGAAAUGUGGGAACAGAUAUCAUGUCCUCAACAAUGCAAACAGCACUGAUGACACACAGGUAACAGAGCUGCUGGACAAAAUUGAAGAAAUGGUCGCUGGGAACAGGGGCUUUCAUUAUGAGAUGGACAAGAAGAGACUGGAGGAAACACAGGAAAGGAGGAUAAAAGAGGAAGACAGAGCAAAAGAGAGACUGAUGAAGGUGGAGAAGCAAAGACAACACCUCCAGUCACUGAAGCGUGAGUUGCCUCAUAUCUUAACUUUCUUGCAAAUGCAAAGUUUUUUAGUUUUUCCUCCCAAGUGUAAAUGUACAAGUAGCAUUAAGAAGCUAUGAACUUCAUGGGAAACAUAAAGCAGUUUAUGAUAUUAAUUCACAUGGCAGGAAAACACAUCCUCAUGGACUAAAUGUGAACAUAAACUAAUUUAAAUGUUUUAUAAAUACAGAAAGAUCCCUCAAAAACUAAAUCUGAUAUAAAUGCUAUAACAUCACCAAAACCAAUUUCUUUCUAAUAUAUUCUAACAAAGUUCAAAGUUCAAAGUGGGACUCCGAUGCAGACCAGCAGACCAGUUAGUGAUGAGAAGCUCGAUACUGACCUUAAUUCUACAUGUUACGUGAUUUUCCCUGACUGAAGCCUAAAAAUGUUUUGAAAGUAAGGUCCA